UCUCUCUCUCUCUCUCUCUCUCUCUCUCUUUUGGCUUCCCAAGUCCCGCGCUCUGGGCGGCCCACUCUGGAUAGGAGUCAGUAGCCCUCCGAAAAGGUCGGCGAAAGUGCCGACGCGCUGCCAAGGAACGGAAGUAGUCAGUUUGCACCCAGAGCCGUAAAGUGAGGCCGGCUGUCCGCCUUUCCGGAUUAACGACAGCAGCUCCGACUGUCAGUGCCGGCUUCCUCGUGUAAGGGGAUCUGCCGGACCCUUCCUAAUUCAAUUUCUAUUUCCCAUUCCGCGCCCUUCCCUAUCGCCGCCCCCUCCACCUUGGAUCAUGUUCAAGAAAUUUGAUGAAAAAGAAAAUGUGUCCAACUGCAUCCAGUUGAAAACAUCAGUGAUAAAGGGCAUUAAAAAUCAAUUGAUAGAGCAAUUUCCAGGUAUUGAACCAUGGCUUAAUCAGAUCAUGCCUAAGAAAGAUCCUGUCAAAAUUGUACGAUGCCAUGAACAUAUAGAAAUCCUUACAGUAAAUGGAGAAUUGCUAUUUUUUAGGCAAAGAGAAGGGCCUUUUUAUCCAACCCUAAGGUUACUUCACAAAUAUCCUUUCAUCCUGCCCCACCAGCAAGUUGAUAAAGGAGCCAUCAAGUUUGUACUUAGUGGAGCAAAUAUCAUGUGUCCAGGUUUAACAUCCCCUGGAGCUAAACUUUACCCUGCUGCAGUAGACACAGUUGUUGCAAUCAUGGCAGAAGGAAAACAACAUGCCCUGUGUGUUGGAGUCAUGAAGAUGUCUGCGGAAGAUAUUGAGAAAGUCAACAAAGGAAUCGGCAUUGAAAAUAUCCAUUAUUUAAAUGAUGGGCUGUGGCAUAUGAAGACGUAUAAAUGAACCCAGGAGGAGCACAGUUGGGUUACAUAUGGAGGUCAUGCUGUAUCUUUGUGUUUGUGUGUGACAGCAUGGAGAUAAUACUGCUGUGGUUAUGCUGAAUAAAGUCAACAGAUGUUAAAACUGUUA